UUUUGCAGGUAAAGGGUAAUGGAUGUGGUCUGCUGCUUGCAUUUCGGUGAGGAACGCGUGCGCGAUCGGAUAAUCAGAAUCGGGAGGCGGGGGCGCGGUCACAGCAGCAAAACCGUUGGCUCUUCAGUUGGGUUUGGUACGCGAAUCGUGUCUGCACAUUUUCUCCAAGUUUGGCGCAACUGCAAGCUUAGUAUAUAUAUACAAAUAAAUAUAUAUAUAUACAUAUAUAUACCCCAAUACAAACCCCAACAAAAACUUUUUUUUCACAAUUUUCUUUUUCUUUUCUUAACCCUAUACUGUCGUGCAAAAAUAAUUAUUUUUUAAUUGAAGGAUUAAUUGAAAGGAAAUAAAGAGAAUGCAUUUAGAAAUUAUUUGACAAAGAAAAAAUGAUUUUGCAAUUAUUUCAAAUUGGAACUGUCCUUUGGGCGAGACUGCAGUUUCCAGUAUUGCACCAGAAGAUUAUGCAGACGUUCAACUUCUCCCUUAUGCUAGCCGAUUGACAGUUCAACAAUAGACGAUAAACAAAAUGGACGAAGGGGAGAAAUAAAGAAUCGAGGAAUUAAACCGUAAAGAAAAAUUUUUUAAAAAAAUAAAAACAAAAAAAAAUACUGCAAGCAAACUAAAGGCGACGAAAAAAACAAAAUGAAGCGUGUUCGUCGAAAAAGAAGUGUGAAAGAGAGAGAGAAGGAAAAAAAAGUGAUGAGAGUUAAAUUUAACAAAUUGGAAAUCUAAUUGAAAUUAAGUGGGGCAAAAGGGGAAAUUCGAAUUCACCAUUUUAGAGAGCGAGAGAGAGAGAAAAGAGAGAAAGGGAGAAAUGGUGUCGAAAGGUAUAUUGCUCGUGGUAAUGAUUCAUUUGUUCCACGGUUCGGUUCAUGUGCAUGGCAGUUACUUUGGAUCAACGACAGUGACGAGGAGCGGAAGUGGCGUCAAGAUUGGCAGCACUGAACGUGGCGCCGUUUCCAGGGGACUGGGCAUUGGCUCAGGAAGAGGAAAUUCCGGAAUACGUAUUGGCGAGGGUCGAAUACACAACUCAACAAGACAGAAACCAAUACCAACAACAUCAACUACAACAACCGCUCAACCUUUUUACACUCAACCAUCAGAAACCAUCAGUCCUGGUGACAGCACUAAUAUUACUUUCCUGAAGGUGGGUCUAGUGGUGCCGUACAAGUCUUUUGGCGUUCGUGAUUAUUCCAAGGCAGUGACAAAAGCUACCAACAUGCUGCAGAAGAGCACUAGAGGUCCAAAACUCGAACUAUUUCAACGUUACGGCAUUCAUGUAAAGGUCACUAUGCUGGAAUUAACCCCGAGUCCCACGAAUAUUCUGGAUUCUUUAUGUAAGGACUUUCUCAUGUUCAAUGUAUCUGCUAUCCUUUAUCUCAUGAACUAUGAACAAUAUGGGAGGAGUACGGCCAGCGCUCAAUACUUUCUACAACUGGCUGGUUACUUGGGAAUACCUGUGAUAGCAUGGAAUGCCGAUAAUUCGGGUCUUGAAAGGCGAGCCUCGCAGAGUAGUUUACAACUUCAAUUGGCGCCAUCGCUCGAACAUCAAACUGCCGCCAUGUUAAGUAUAUUGGAACGUUACAAGUGGCAUCAAUUUAGUAUUGUGACAUCGCAAAUCGCUGGCCAUGACGAUUUCAUUCAGGCAGUGAGAGAACGUAUUUCCGAUAUGCAAGACACAUUCAAGUUCACUAUCUUAAAUGCCGUCCAGGUCACGAAACCUCACGAUCUUCACGAACUAGUGAACAGUGAAUCAAGGGUAAUGCUUCUCUAUUCGACGAGGGAAGAAGCAGCUCACAUAUUGAAAGCUGCACGUGAUCUCAAAAUUACGGGUGAAAAUUACGUUUGGGUUGUUACUCAAAGCGUCAUUGAGAAUCUGCAAACACCACAUCAAUUCCCUGUUGGAAUGCUCGGCGUUCAUUUCAAUACAAGUAGUACUAGUUUGGUGAACGAAAUAGCAACGGCAGUAAAAGUAUAUGCUUAUGGAGUGGAGGAUUUUGUCAACGACCCUGCAAACUCAAAUCUUGUUUUAAACACACGUCUGAGUUGUGACGGUCCCGGGGAAUCAAGAUGGGACACUGGAGACCGAUUUUUCAAAUAUUUAAAAAACGUCUCAGUUGAGAGCGAUCCUGGCAAACCAAACAUCGAAUUUACGCAAGAUGGUGUUCUUAAAGCUGCAGAAUUAAAAAUAAUGAAUCUUCGUCCCGGAGUGAGCAAGCAACUUGUUUGGGAGGAGAUUGGAGCGUGGAAAUCAUGGGAAAAAGAGGGUUUGUAUAUAAAGGAUAUAGUGUGGCCGGGUAAUACACAUACACCACCUCAGGGUGUGCCGGAGAAAUUUUAUUUGAAAAUCACGUUUUUGGAGGAACCACCUUACAUCAAUCUGGCACCACCGGAUCCAGUGACUGGCAAAUGCUUGAUGGAUCGAGGAGUACAUUGUCGAGUUGCUAAAGAAGCUGAUAUGGUUGAAAUGGACAUGCAAUCUGCCCAACGAAAUGAAAGCCUUUAUCAGUGUUGCAGUGGAUUUUGCAUUGAUUUACUUCAAAAAUUUUCCGAGGAAAUUGGUUUUACGUACGAACUUGUCAGAGUUGAGGACGGUAAAUGGGGCACUUUGGAGAAAAAUGGAAAAUGGAAUGGACUCAUAGCUGACUUGGUGAAUCGAAAAACGGAUAUGGUGAUGACGUCUCUGAUGAUAAAUUCGGAAAGAGAAGCAGUGGUCGAUUUUACAGUGCCAUUUAUGGAAACUGGUAUUGCCAUUGUUGUUGGCAAAAGAACAGGCAUCAUUUCACCGACGGCAUUUUUAGAACCCUUUGACACAGCCUCGUGGAUGCUGGUCGGCAUUGUCGCCAUACAUUCUUCAACAUUUAUGAUUUUCUUCUUCGAAUGGCUCUCACCAUCCGGUUUCGACAUGAAGGUAAACCCUUCAGGCGCUGCCCGGAAACUGACAAAUCCACCACAAACACAUAGAUUUUCUUUGUGUCGAAUUUAUUGGUUGGUAUGGGCUGUCCUUUUCCAAGCAGCCGUCCAUAUUGAUUCACCAAGAGGAUUUACCUCCAGAUUCAUGACGAAUGUAUGGGCAAUGUUUGCCGUGGUUUUUCUUGCCAUAUACACUGCCAAUUUGGCGGCCUUCAUGAUAACAAGAGAAGAAUAUUACGAUUUCGCGGGAGUGGACGACGCUAGAUUAUCGAAACCAUGGUCCCAUAAACCAAUGUUCAAAUUUGGCACUGUCCCAUUUACACACACGGACAGUGCACUCUCAAAAUAUUUCAAAGAAAUGCACUCCUACAUGUCACUCUACAACAGAUCAAGCGUUGCCAAAGGAAUCGAAUCAGUAGAUAAUAGGGAAUUGGAUGCCUUUUUUUACGACGGUACUGUACUUGAUUAUCUCGUGGCACAGGAUCAAGACUGUCGUCUCUUAACUGUCGGCUCUUGGUACGCUAUGACCGGAUACGGUCUCGCUUUUCCCAGACAUUCCAAAUAUCUUCAAAUGUUUAAUAAACGUUUGUUGGACUAUCGAGAUAACGGCGAUUUGGAGAGACUCAGAAGAUAUUGGAUGACGGGAACAUGUAAACCGGAUAAGGAAGUUCAGAAAAGCAGUGAUCCUUUGGCUCUCGAGCAAUUUUUAAGUGCAUUUCUUAUGCUCAUGUUUGGAAUUUUUGUUGCAUCUGUAUUAUUAUUGUUGGAAUACUUAUAUUUCAAGUACAUUAGACAUCAUCUCGCAAAAAGUGAUCGAGGCGGAUGUUGCGCAUUACUCAGUCUGAGUAUGGGCAAAUCGUUGACAUUUCGAGGCGCUGUCUAUGAAGCUCAAGACAUUCUCAAGCAUCACAGAUGUAGAGAUCCAAUUUGUGAUACUCAUUUGUGGAAAGUCCGACAUGAACUAGACAUGGCGAGGCUUAGGAUAAGGCAGCUAGAAAAGGAUCUUGAAGUGCACGGGAUUAAACCCUCCCAAACCAAGAGGAAAUCCGGAAGUCUCAGCUGGUGGCGUGGAUGCUUGCAACCAUCGGAGUAUCCAUCACAUGCCGAAUCACUCUCAGUCGAAGCACCACAUCCGUUACCCCCAUAUUUUGAUUCGUUUGUCGAUGCUGUUGAAGUUUCCAAGCCACGGGACAUGACCAAAACAACCAUUGUAAACACAGAAUACGAUGAGUGUUUUUUACCUACUGAAAUUUACAGAUUCCCCGAUGAGGACACGACAAUUACUGAAAUUGCGGAAAUUGAAACUGUUCUGUGAUGCUCGUAUCUGGCCUUUGACAGUUUCCAUUGGAGACAAAAGAAAUUUUCUACGAGUUCAGUGAAAAUUAAUUUCUCCAAUGAAAUUCAUCGCUUCAAGGGACUUUAAACAAAAAUGAAUUGAACCUCAUUUAAAAAUUAUAAUCACGAGGAACAUUCAAGUAUGUAUCACCCAAUUGACAAAAAAAAAGAGAAAAAAACAAUUUCCACGGAACACCGAUUUAUAACAUCGAGCAGCCAAUUUUUCUUGGCUAUAUUAUACGUAAAUACCAGGUAUGAAUGUUUUAUUAAUGUUUCGAAAUUUUAAUGCUCAUGACAUCAAUUGCAUAAAAAAAAAAUAAUUACAAAACUGAUGGCAAAAAAAAGGGCAUCAAGAAAAAUUUGAUAAUUCAGUGCCUCCACUCAUUCCCCGAAAAAAAGCAUUUUUCCGAAUUUUUUAAUCAUCUCAUUAAAAUGCAUUUCAAUAUUAUAUAUAAAUUUAAUAUAUUCAGAAAGAAAAAUGUAUAAAAACCCCAUCAUAAAAAAAAUU